AUGAACCACCUUUACACAGUGCCUAGCCGUUACUGUUGGCGCCAGAAAGCACAAUCUUUUCUCAAUCUCAGAGUUUCUUGGAAAAUAGAAGUAUAUUAUUCUACGCAAGUACCGCAUGCUCUAAUCCUCCAACAAGUUAAAGAUGCAAAGCCUCUGCAGCAAGCUCAUACCCAAAUUAUUGUGUGUAAUCUUGCUGACAAUGUAUUCCUAUGCAACAGGUUGAUGAAUGCAUAUGCUUCUUGUGGGCUUAUAGACAAAGCCCAGAUAAUAUUUUCUCAGAUUUUAAACAAAAAUUUGGUUUCUUGGACAAUUCUGAUAUCUGGGCUCACGAAAAAUGGCCGUUUCUCGGAAGCCAUCGAGGUUUUCUAUGAGAUGGUGGUUCAAGAAAUUAGGCCUAAUGAGAUAACACUUGCAAGCGUUUUGCCCGCGUUUCGAAUAUUAGGGAAUGUCCUGAUGGGGAAAUCAGUACAUUGUUAUUGGAUCAAACACAAUUCUGGGAACAAUGUUUAUGUGGAAACAGGUUUGGUCGAUAUGUACGCAAAAUUUGGGUGUCUGCGAAGUGCUAGGAAUCUGUUUGAUGAUAUGUCCGUGAAGAAUGUUGUCUCGUGGAAUGCAAUCAUCUCUGGUUACUCUGACAAUGGAUUUGGGAAGGAAGCAUUAUGGAUGUUCAGUCAAAUGAGGAGGAAAGGGUUCUCUGCCGAUAGUUCUACGCUAAUGAGCUUGGUUAGUUUAGAGGAUUUGAGAGUAGGAAGUGGAAUUCACAGCUUGAUUGUUAGGAGCGGAUACGGGAAUGAUAAACUACUUAAAACUGCUUUGAUGGAACUGUAUAUAAAUUGUAAUUUUGUUAAUGAUGCUUAUUCUAUAUUUCGAGAUAUCAAUAAGAAGGACUUGGUUGCUUGGACCUUGAUGUUGAAGGGGUUUUCAAAGUGUGGCGAUUGGAAAAGGACCAUAGAACAUUUCAAUACUAUGAUGGGAGAAGAUGAGAUUUUGCUGGAUUCUGUUUCCUUGAUAACCAUCCUUUCAGGUUGCUGUUCAGGAGCUUUGGAGCAGGGUAGGCGUGUGCAUGCCCUGGUGAUAAAAACUGGUUUUGAAGCUGAUACUUUUGUUGGAUCAGCUGUGAUAGACAUGUAUGCUAACUGUGCAAGCAUGGAAGAUGCAAAAAGGCACUUUGAAUCGAUGGAAGAGAAGGAUGUUGCAUGUUGGAAUGCACUAAUAUCUGGUUAUGGCAUGAUUGGAUGUGGAAAUGAAGCCAUAGAGUUACUUUUAAAGAUGAAGCAUUCAGGCCUUAAUCCAGAUGACUCAACCUUUGUCUCGGUCUUGUGUGCUUGUAGUCACGCUGGUCUGGUAGCUGAAGGGCUCCAAAUCUUUGAUCGUAUGACAGAAGUUUGGAAUAUAAUUCCUAGUUUAAAGCAUUAUGCCUGUGUCAUAGACCUCCUUGGCCGUGCUGGGCGACUGAAUGAAGCUUACUCACUCAUGAAGGGGAUGCAUCUCCAACCAGGGCUUGAGAUUUAUGGUUCAUUGCUUACUGCUUGUAGAACCCACAAGAACUUUGAGCUGGGAGUUGAAAUCUCCCGGGAACUUUUCCAGUUGAAACCUAAUGAUGCAGGGUACUAUGUAUUGCUCUCAAACAUGUAUGCUUUGGCUGGAAACUGGGCCUGGUCAAGAAUGCCUAGAAUAUUUUUGAAACUGAACAACUUGAAAAAGGACCCUGGCCUCAGUGCUAUCGAGAUUAGAGGAGAAGUUUUCACAUUUAUGGCAAGCCAGAUGGACCAUCCUAACUAUUCGGAGAUUAAUGAGUUCCUCAGAGGCUUGAUUUUUAAAAUAAAAGCAGCAGGAUAUGAGCCUGAUACCAACUCUGUGAUCCUGGAUGUGUCAGAUGAUGUGAAGAAAGAGAUUCUAUUUCACCACAGUGAGAAGUUGGCUAUUGCUUUUGGACUGAUGAGAACUAAUCCAGGAUCAGUUAUAAGGAUAAUAAAAAAUCUACGGAUUUGCAACGACUGCCACACAGCUAGUAAGUUCAUUUCCAAAGUCUAUGCACGAGUUUUGGCAAUAAAAGAUGCCAAUCGCUUUCAUGUUUUUCAAGAUGGCAUAUGCUCAUGCAGGGACUGGUGGUGA